UCUGUCUCUCUCUGUCUCUCUUUCUAUCACUCCCUCGCACACCCCUCAGUCUCUGUCCUCCUCUCUCAUCAAGCCCAGCGUUUUUCCUCCUCUUCUCUCUGCUUGCCACACGACCACCACCACCAUGUCCUCGGACGGAGACCUGCUGCGGAUCCCCCUGGGUCUCAUCAACAGCGCCGGCAAGUACCUGACGGCGGAGACCUUCGGCUUCAAGAUCAACGCGUCGGCCAGCAGCCUGAAGAAGAAGCAGACGUGGACCCUGGAGCAGACCGGGGAGGACGGCAGCGUGGUGUUCCUGCUGUCGCACCUGGGCCGCUACCUGGGCACGGACAAGGACGGCAACGUGAGCGCGGACAGCGAGACGCGCGGCCGGGACUGCCGGCUGGUGGUGUCGGCCCACGAGGACGGGCGGUGGUCGCUGCGGUCCGAGCCGCACGGCCGCUGCCUCGCCGGCAGCGAGGACCGCAUCUGCUUCGCGCAGAGCGGCGCGUCCCCGGCGGAGCGCUGGAGCGUCCACCUGGCCGUGCACCCGCAGGUCAGCCUGUACAGCCUGGCGCGGAAGCGCUACGCGCACCUGAGCGCGCAGCGCGGAGAGGUGUGCGCGGACCGGGACGCGCCCUGGGGGUUCGACUCCCUGGUGACGCUGGUGUACCGGGACCAGCGCUACCACCUGCAGACCUCCGACAACCGCUUCCUGCGCACUGACGGCGGCCUGGCCGCAGCCACGGACCCGGACACCACCGGCUUCAUGCUGGAGUUCCGCUCCGGCAAGGUCGCCUUCCGCGACCGCGACGGGCGCUACCUGGCCCCCGGGGGCCCCGCCGGCACCGUCAAGUGCGGGAAGGGCAGCCGGGUCGGGAAGGAUGAGCUGUUUGGGCUGGAGCGCAGCCACGCGCAGGUGGUGCUGACUGCUGGCAAUGAGAGGAACGUCUCCACCAGGCAAGGCAUUGACCUGUCAGCCAAUCAGGAUGAGGAAGGAGACCAGGAAGUAUUCCAGUUGGAGAUGAGCCGUGAAGACAAGAAGUGCGCCUUCAGAGCUGCUGCAGGAAAAUACUGGACACUGACAGCAGCUGGAGGACUGCAAUGCACCGCUUCCACCAAGUCCGAAAAUAGCUACUUUGAACUGGAAUGGCGCGAUGGUCGUGUGUGUCUUCGUGCAGCCAACGGCAAGUAUGUGAUCGCGAAGAAGAACGGGCAACUGGCGGCUACUGUUGACAAUGCAGGGGAGGCUGAACAGUUCCUGAUGAAGCUAAUUAACCGUCCCCUCAUUGUCCUCCGUGGAGAGCAUGGUUUCAUUGGGGGUCGUAAAGCUGGUUUGCCGACCCUCGACUCCAACCGAGCAUCUUAUGAUGUUUUCCAUUUGGAGUUCCAUAACGGUGCCUAUGCCCUCAAAGACUCCCAGGGGAAGUACUGGUGUGUUGGAGACGACACAGCGGUUGUGUGCAGCAGCUCCACACCUGUCCAGUUCCUGCUUGAGUUCUGUGACCUCAACAAGAUGGCCAUCCGUGCUCUUGGGGGGAAAUACCUUAAAGGUGACCAUGCCGGAGGUCUAAAGGCCAGCGCGGACUCCCUGGACAGCGCCACCCUUUGGGAAUACUGAGAAUGGACCCUUUAUCUGAGGCAAUGCUUCAUUAAAAGAUACUGUAGGUAGCAUUUUUUGUUGUUGUUAUUUUGUUUUUUGCAUACGUGCGGCUGCUUUUGUGUGUACUUGUGUGUUUGUAUAGUUGUGACUUAGUUCGGAUGGCUGUGUGGUGGAAAUUACACUGAUAAACUGGACAACAUGGCACCAAAACUGAUGGGAUCAGAUUUUUUUUCUAACUAUAAACUGUUCUUGCUAGGCUUUUUACUGAAGUUUUGCAUUUACAAUAACUUGCUGUUUUACUGAAUGUCUGGUUGCACAUUAUUUGUUACACCUCUAGUCACACUUACAUAUACUUUUAGCUGUGCCUAUUUGUGGUGUACCAAAUAUUUACAAUGC